AUGACCCAAGAAACUUUCCUCUUCACCUCCGAAUCUGUCGGCGAAGGUCACCCAGACAAGAUCUGUGAUCAAGUCUCGGACGCCAUUCUCGACGCCUGUUUGACCGUUGACCCACUUUCCAAGGUUGCCUGUGAAACUGCGACCAAGACUGGUAUGGUGAUGGUGUUCGGUGAGAUCACCACCUCCGCCAACCUGGACUACCAGAAGAUCAUCAGAGACACCAUCAAGCACAUCGGUUAUGACGAGUCCGACAAGGGAUUUGACUACAAGACCUGUAACGUGAUGGUUGCCAUCGAGCAGCAAUCUGCCGAUAUUGCCCAAGGUUUGCACUACGAGAAGGCUCUUGAGGAGCUCGGAGCCGGUGACCAAGGUAUCAUGUUUGGUUAUGCUACCGACGAGACCGACGAGAAGCUGCCUUUGACCAUUCUGCUUGCCCACAAGCUGAACGCUGCUCUUGCCGAUGCCCGCAGAUCCGGUGCUUUGCCUUGGUUGAGACCCGACACCAAGACCCAAGUCACUGUUGAGUACGCCAAGGACGGCGGUGCCGUGAUCCCUCUGAGAGUCGACACUGUUGUCAUCUCAGCCCAGCACGCUGACUCCAUCUCGACCGAUGACAUCAGAUCUGAGCUGCAGAAGCACAUUAUCGAGAAGGUUAUCCCAGCCCACCUUUUGGACGACAAGACCAAGUACCACAUUCAACCUUCUGGAAGAUUCGUCAUCGGUGGUCCUCACGGAGACGCUGGUCUUACUGGACGUAAGAUCAUUGUCGACACUUACGGAGGAUGGGGUGCCCACGGUGGUGGAGCUUUCUCCGGAAAGGACUUCUCCAAGGUUGACAGAUCUGCUGCCUACGCUGCCCGUUGGGUUGCCAAGUCGCUGGUCAACGCCAAGCUCGCCAGACGUGCCCUUGUCCAGUUCUCGUACGCUAUCGGUGUUGCCGAACCAUUGUCGAUCUACGUUGACACUUACGGAACCUCCAAGUACUCGUCGGAUGAGCUUGUCGCUAUCAUCAACAAGAACUUUGACCUGAGACCAGGUGUCCUUGUGAGAGAGCUCGACCUCGCCAGACCAAUCUACUUGAAGACUGCAUCGUACGGUCACUUCACCAACCAGGAAAACACCUGGGAACAACCAAAGAAGCUCACUUUGUAA